CCUCAUUAUCACAUUAACUAAAAAAUAAAAACGUAUAUUACGGAAGAGGUGCCCAGAACUAUCUUUGACGCCGGCCGGCCGGUCACUCUAUCUGGGUCCAAGAAAAGUACCAUCAUUUUAUCUCUAUGAUGGUGGGGGACUGGGGGUGGUGUUGCCGGAAAAUUCAUCUCCCGCUCUUGAAGCUCUUCCGGCCGAGAGCAGGAAGAGACCCGCCGUGCAAACAUCCGCAUCGAAGUUGACCACCCAAAAACGAAUAGAGGCUUACCAAUUCAGUAUCCCAGCAAGGAAGAGUGCCAAAAAAAAUUUGAGAAACAAAUUAGACAAACUGAUAUCUACUUGCUCAUCUAGCAUGCAUAAUAGUAGCAGUAGAUAAUCCAUAGAAAAUCCAAGAAGAUAAAAACAAAUAAACACCCAACCAAGAAAUAGAGGUAACAACCUUAUGGUGAGUAACCAUGAGUAACCAGCCCACAUCAGCAUGACAUUAGCAUCUUCUCUCUCAUGGAAAGCCUUUAAUUUUCCCCACUUUAAUCUUUGACGGACGAUUUCUCACUCAUUUUAAGUCGAAAUUUUUUUUUUGCACAGUUAGAUCAGAUUAAUUGUGCUCUUCAAAAUGAUAUCCACUUUAAUAAAUUUUUCGAACAAAAAAAAUUGAGCCAUUUUUUACCAGUCUAUACCAUAUGGUAUUGACUGGUAUUGAAAUAAAAGCAUACCUAUGGUUUGAAAAACGUACCAUGGUGGUAUGAAUAAACCAAGACUGUAGGAUGGUUGAAUACAUGAUAGUAGAAGUAUAUUAAUUGUCAUUUACGACUUUUAACAUUGUAUACCACACAAUACCACCCCGUACCAAGGUGGUAUUGUAUGGUAUUGUGUGGUAUUUUUUGGUCUUGUAAUUUGUUCACCCAGAAAUUUGUAGAUCUAAUAGAUCAUGAUGAACUCGUCCCUUUUGUGCAAACGUUUUCAAAAAUGAAUUAAAAACGAAGAAGAUACCAUACAAUACCACCCCGUACCAGGGUGGUAUUGUAUGGUAUUGUGUGGUAUUUUUUGAUCCUGUAAUUUGUUCACCCAGAAAUUUGUAGAUCCAAUAGAUCAUGAUGAACUCGUCCCUUCUGUGCAAACUUUUUCAAAAAACGAAUUAAAAACGAAGAAGAUACCAUAUGGUAUGCAGUUAGUACCGAGAAGCCAGAAUUUAUUUUUUCUAAAAAAAUAUUGAAAAUUGUUCUCAUUUGGUAGAGCACGAUGAACUCGUUCCAUCUGUGCAAAAAAAAUUAAAAUCCGAGUUAAAACGAAAAAUAUAUGAGCCGAUUAAGAAAGUUAGGAAACAUAAAAAUGGUCCUUAAUUUUCCAUCCUUAGAUCUGGAUUUUCUAAAUGAAGGGUUCAUAUUUGGUUAUUGAUGGAUGCAUAACCCAUGGUUAUGCACCCUAUCUUGAGCCGUAACAUGAAACAGAUCGAUCCAUAGAAAAUCCAAGAAAAUAAUCAGCGAAUAAGACUGAAAAGGAAAUUUCCUAAUAGUGGCAGUGAAGAGAGUAUAGGUGUCAAAACAUAGCCCGACCCGAUUAACCUAAUAGUGGCAGUGAGGGGAGCCACCAAUCCCGCGCAUGCGUGUGCAACACUCGCCCACCCUGUUGCUCCUAUAGGUGUCAAAACAUAGCCCGACCCGAUUAACCCGCCCGAUCAACUCGACCCGCAACUCGACCGCAACCCGAAUUGACUAAAAGUCAACAACCCGUAACCCGCCCGACCCGCAACCCGAUUGACUCUGUAACCCAACUAACCCGCAACACGACUAACCCGCAACCCGAUUAACUCGAACCCGAUUGACCCGCAACCCGACUGACCCGCAACCCGAUUAACCCGAACCCGAUUGAUCCGAACCCGACUAACCCGUAACCCGACCGGCUGAACCCGAAUUUCAUCUAAUCCACUUGAAUAAUUAUAAAAAUAUACAAUACAUAGUUUUUCAAAAUAAAGUUUUUCAUUCUAAACUUAAGUAAAAUUAUUUUUUCAUUUCGUAUAAGAAAUUUUAAAAAUAUGAAACUCACUUGAUAUUACGUAUUUUAAGAAAAUUACAAAAAUUAAACAUGAAGGUCACUUGAGAUCAUGACAAUAUUAAUAUAAUAUAUAAAUUUAAAUUUUGGUUAAUUUAACUAUUCAAUAAAAUUAUCAAUUAAAUAUAAAUAAAGUAAAGUAAUGUAUUUAGUAAUUUGAUGUUUUUAAAAGAAGAGGGAAAUUUUGGUGUAUUCAAGUUUUUGGGAAGAGAAAGAAGAGGGAAAUUUGGUUCUUUGAAUUUUUUAGAAAAGAAACAAGUGGGAAUUUUGGUGGUUUUGAUAUGUGGGAAGAGAAAGAAGUGGGAAAGUUUGAUUCUUUUGAUUAUGAAAGAGGAAUAAGGAGGGAAACUUUUGACUUUUCAACUUUUUGUAGAAGGAAAAAAGAGGGUAAUUUGGUUCUUUCAAUUUUAUGGAAGAGAAAAAGGAGGGAAAAUUGAGUUUUUCUAAUGUAUGGAAUGAGAAAGAAGGAGGGUAAUUUUAGUAUUUUUGUGAAAAGAAAGAAGGAAACAAAUUUGGUGUUUUCAAUUUUUUGGUUUUUCAUAAUUUUAGCUUUUGAAAUAUGAAUCUUUAACUUUUAUAUGGAGGACAUGACUAGUUAAAAUUAUUCUUAUAUGCUUUGAAGGCUAAUAUGUAUAUAUGUAUGUAAUUUUUUAUGGGCUAAUAAAUAAAUUAACCAUUAGUUACAACAAUUUAUACUAAACUUGAUAAGUAAUCUUUGACGGUUCGUUGUUUAGGAUAUAAAGUAUAUGGUUAGGGUAUAAGGUAUAAUGUACAUAUGGUUUAGGGUGUAUAUGGUUAGUGUAUAAGAUAUUGAUGGUUAUGACGGUUCUAAGUUUUUUAUUAACAUAUGUUCACUUGAAGUCAUUUGAAGUCUUUAACGGCAGGAGAUCCCUUUUUAAUUUAUGUUUAUGGUACGUGGUUAGGGUACAAGGUAUGUGGUGUAAAGGAAAUAAUCACAUCCCUUGUCCAAUUAAAUUCCUUUCCAAAAUCCAUCGUCUAGGGUUUCUGUUGCGACCCAUUUCUUUCUUUUCCUCUCCCUUCUCUCUUGCUUUAAGCCUUUAACCCUUGAGAUUUUUAAGGGCGCCGCCGGCACCUGUUGGUGACCGGCGGCAGCCCAUCCUUCUUUCAUGUUUUUUUCCCGUUUCUUUCUUCCCUUUUCCAGUUUCAUGUUUUGUUUUUCAUCUCUUUGUUGUUGUAUUUCCAGCCAUCGAUUGGCUCUGUUUUUCCCCUUUAUGGGUCUCCUUCUUCUCCUUAAUUGGAUUGAGAUUUUGUCCUCUGAUCUGAUAUAUCAGAUCUGGAGAUGUUGCUGAUCUUAGAUGCAAAGGAGGUCGGAUCUCUUAGAUUUUGGCUUGUCUUCUCCUCCUCUCUCUUUUUGUCUACCUCCUUGUUUCACCUUGCAGAUCUUGGUGGUCCGGAGAUGUGGCUCUCAGCUUUGGACUCGGAGUGAAGUUUUUGAAGACAGAAGGUCACCGCCAUGGUCUGUCACCGGCCGCCCUUUCGACCAGAAGUUGCUCGCUUUGAUUUGUCGGUGUGGAGCUACUGGAGUUUGGUCCGGCGAGGAGUUGGUUGGAACUUUGCAUGCUGUUCUCGUUGUCCUCAGUUGGGGGUGGUUGGCUCCAGCUUUCCUUUCUUCGUGCUUGGCCGUCGUUCCAUGACGUCGGAUGGUGGGAGGAGUGUUUGCUAGGGGCUGCCAGCGGCGAUGAUGGUUCCAUGGGCAAACAUUAGGCAGCUAGGGUUUGUUUUCAGGACUCGGUUUGGGCUUUGAUUGGGCCCUAUUGGGUCUCCAAUCUGUUGUUGGGUCUUUGGGUUUGGGUCUUGAUCAUUGGGGUUUGGGUGUCUAAUGUUUGUAUAAUGUGUACUUUUUCCAUUGGGCUUGUCCCGUUUGCAAUCUAAAUGAAACUUUCAAAAAAAAAAGUAUGUGGUGUAAAGUAUAGGAUAUAUGGUUAGGGUAUAACAAUUAGCAAAUAUAACUUUUUAUCUAUGUUUUGAAAAUCAAAGUAUGAAUUACAC